AUGACCGCAGUCACCCAUGCCGAAUUCCACGCCGACACUUUGGCCUCGGACGUCGCCAAGGCCUUUGCUGGAUCGAUCCGGGGAAGAAACAUCAUAGUCACAGGAGUCAAUAGGGGAGGUAUUGGCUUCACAACGGCUCAGGCAUUUGCAUCUCAGUCCCCCACCCACAUCAUCAUCACUGGACGUUCCCCAACAAAGCUUCAAGAGAGCAUCGAGGCACUGCAACAGGAAUAUCCCAACGUGCACUAUGCCGGGCUCAAGCUGGACCUAUCGAGUCAGAAGUCCGUUCGCGAGGCGGCGGCCGAGCUCCUCGCGAUGGAGGACAUUCCCACCAUUGAUAUUCUCGUCAAUAAUGCCGGCGUCAUGCUGAUCCCCGAGCGAACCCUCAGCGAGGAUGGGAUCGAGAUGCACUUUGCUACCAACCACGUUGGCCACUUUUUGUUCACCAACUUGAUCCUGCCCAAAUUGAUCAAGGCGGCAGAAGGGAAGCCUAAGGGAAUAACCCGAGUGGUCAAUGUCUCCUCGUCGUCCCCCCUCUCGGCAGGCGUCCGAUUCAGCGACAUCAACUUCGACAAGGUCAACAAGACCCUGCCAGAGGACGAGCAGCCGCAGUACGAGGCACUCAAGCAUUGGGGUGAGAAGGAACCCGAAAACAAAUCGUAUUUCCCGCGCGAAGGGUACAACCAGAGCAAAGUGGCUAAUCUCUUGUUUUCCAUCGGCUUCAACGCACGCUACUACGACAAGUACGGACUCUUGAGUCUGGCGGUCAACCCGGGAGUCAUCGCAACAGAGUUGCAACGAAAUUUCCCACCCGAGCUAACCAGUGCGCUGGAGCAGUGGGCGAAGAGUGGAGCACUCCAUAUCAAGACGCAGGGUGCGGGAGCCGCCACGAGCUUGGUGGCUGCCACAGAUCCUGGACUGAGCCUGCCAGUGAGCAAGGACGGCAAGGAAAACUUUGGAGCGUACUUGAGCGACUGCCAGAUCAAUGAUGGGGCAAACGCUCGCGCCGUGUCGAACAAGAAUGCCGAUAGGCUCUGGAUAUUGUCUGAAGAAUUGGUCGGAGAGAGCUUUUCUCACUAA